AAUGAUGUUGAAAAGCCAGAAGAGGGCAACAAAAGUUUGAAGAAGAGAAGGCAUGAUGAUGAGUCUGAAGAACAAUCUACUGAGAAUCAGAAAGGAGGUGUCGAAUUAAAGAAGGAUAGUGAUGCGAAUUUGAAGAAUGGGAAGCUCAAGAAAGCUAAAAAUCUUGCGAUUUCGAUGGCAGCAAAUGCAGCUUCACUUGCUAGAGAAGUGAAACUGAUUAGAUCGGAUUUGUCAUUUAUGCAAGAGAGAUGCGAUAUGCUUGAGGAAGAGAACAUGAGACUUCGCAAUGGAUCUGACAAACCUGAAGAAGAUGAUCUGGUGAGACUUCAAUUGGAAGCUUUGCUUGCAGAGAAGUCACGAUUAGCGACUGAGAAUGCGAACCUAAUUAGGGAGAACCAGUGUCUUCACCAGCUCGUUGAAUACCAUCAACUCACCUGCUCCUCAGAAGAUAUGGAUCAAACUUAUGAACAAGUUGUUCGCGGAAUGUGCUUGGAUUUUUGA